AUGACCGCCGCGGACGAAGACCCGCCUACAAUUGGUGCUCCGCAUGAAAAGCCCAUCGUCGCUGCGGACGAGGACCCCGAGCAUCCAUUCAGCAAUGUGAAUCCACCAGGCGGCAACCUCCUCGACCCUCUCCCAGUCUCGCUCGCCUCGGCGGUCACUGCGGGCAUCACGCCCCCGUUGCUGGACACGACCGAUACCCAAAUUGUGACGUUUCCCUGGUAUAUUUUUGAUCAUGCCCAAGACAAAUGGGUCAUCUCUCCUCCGCCCAUUGCUCUGAGCCACGAUGUCGUCCCCUUGCCGGGGCCGCCGGACCUGGGCCCCAAAGACAUGACCAUCGUGACAUGGAACGUGGGCCACGGCCGGAACGAACGCGCCGAGCGUCUGGCCAGUCUCAUCGACGGCGUCCAGGAUGCGGACGUCGAGGGCUGCCCGGACGUCGUCUUUCUGCAAGAGCUGUCGGGCAUCGCCAAGCACACCUUGGCCGAGCUUUCCUUUGUCCGCGCCAACUACUACAUCGCCGGUCUCGAAUGGAUGUUGGCCGACAACAAACAGGAGUUUUACAGCGCCAUUUUAAUGUCACGCCUCCGGUUUGCCCGCGGCUCGUGCGCCACGUUUCCCUCGCUCGGUGCUGUCUGGGCCGUCUGGUACCCCAGCCAGCUCAACCGCUACGCCCUCUGCUGCGACAUUGGCGCCCCGACGGCCACGCCAAACGGGACCGGCAAGACCAUCCGGCUUGCCAAUGUCCACUUUGAUUCGCUCGCGGCCGCGCCCAACUACCGACGCCGCCAGCUGGGCAUCGUGUCUGAGCUGCUGCAUGCGCCCGACGUGUACGGCGGGCUGGUGGCCGGCGGCUUCAACCCGUUUUUGGCCGACGACCAAGACCAGAACCUCGCCGAGGAACACGGGCUGGUCGACUGCUGGACCCGGCUGCGCGGUGACGCUGCCGAGUUCCCAGGCCACACCUGGAGCAUGCACGGCCCGGGGUCGCACGUCUUUCCGCCCGCCCGUCUCGACAAGAUUGCCGUGUGGGGACUGACGCCCAAGACGAUGGAGAUUCUGCAGCCGGGCACCGUUUCCAUGCGAGUUCCGACGGCGCUUGUGGACGCCGAGGGUGACACGAUGCCACACGACCUGGCCGAUCCGGCCGAUCCGGCCUACGAGCCCAUCCGGAUUCCCUGGAGCGACCACGCGGGGCUGGUCAUGACCUUUGCACUGACAGCACACCCGGGCGAGGCGACGAAGCCCAAGACGCCGAGGACAAAGAUUGUCAUUCCUCCGGAAGGUUCUGAUUCGCUCGAUGAGUCCGACGAGCCCGGCGAGCCGUAUGUUGUUGUGUGA